CCUCUGCCAGCUCCGCUGUCAAAAGCCGGAGCGGAUGUUUUUAACGGACACGCGGCGGGAGUUGACCGCGCACCGAGUGAUUCGCGAUCGACCUUCUACACACUCAUCCCCCACUCACCUCGAAAACAAUGGAAAAGCUGAAGUAAAGUGGGUCGGGCUUUGAUCGGGAGAGUGGGAAAAGGCUGCUGGAAGAUGAGGCGGGUGUCGCACGCCGGGCGGCCGCAGUGGGCCAUCUACUUGUGGCUGGUGCUGGGGGUCGCCGGCCGCGCCGCCGCGCUCUCCGACCACCUGAGCGACCAGGGCAAGCCGGUGGUGGCGGAGGUGAACAUGUCGUACGUGGAGCCGGGCAGCGGGCGUCUGCGGCCGGUGCCGGUGCCGGGCCGCGCCGGGGACGGCCGCUACGGUCUGGAUUCGCUCAAAGCCGGUGUGGUGGACGGCACGGUGCUCGCCCCGAUGCCCGCCUCUGCCCGCAGCCGCCUGGGCUGCGAGCCGCACACCCGCUUCGCCGUGCCGCCCAACACCCAGCGCUGGAUCGCGCUGCUGCGCCGCGGCAACUGCUCCUUCAAGGAGAAGAUCAUGAACGCGGCGGCGAACCGGCCCACCGCCGUAGUCAUCUACAACAACGUGAGCGACGAGGACCUGGUCAACAUGGCACACAAAGGAACUGGUGACAUAGUUGCCAUCAUCAUUUCUCAGCAGAGAGGUCGUGAGAUUCUGAGCUAUAUGGAAAGAAACCUCACUGUGUUGAUGUCCAUCACAGUUGGACCAUCACAUUCUCCAAAGUAUGGCUCCCUGGUCUUCGUUUCCAUAUCAUUUAUUGUACUGAUGAUUAUUUCACUGGCGUGGCUGAUCUUUUAUUUCAUCCAGAAAUUCAGAAAUGCAAACUUACGUGGGCGGAAUCAGCGUCAACUGGGAAAUGUUGCCAAUAAAGCUAUCAGGAAGCUAGCCACAAGAACAGUUAAAAGGGAUGAUAAGGAAACGGAUCCAGAAUUCGAUCAUUGUGCAGUCUGUAUUGAGGGAUACAAAUCUAAUGAUGUGAUCAGGAUUCUGCCAUGCAAGCAUGUCUUCCACAAACAGUGUGUUGAUCCUUGGUUAAAUGAACACUGUACUUGCCCUAUCUGCAAACUAAAUAUACUGAAAGCACUGGGAAUCCUGCCAGACUCGCAGUGUGCAGAGACUACAGCACUUGAUGUGGAUCGAGCAGUUGGGGAAUCACUUGCCAAUCAGAGAUCUAUGCCUACUGAUGUCAGCAGCGAUGGCUCUAUCAGUCUCGAACCACUACGAUUUCUGGGGAGUUCGCAGAUGGGUCAAGAAGAAGAAUUUGUACCACGAACCAGGGAAAUGAAUGUCACCGUAACCAGUGGUCAGAUUGAAACCAGCGAGUCCAGCCUGCAGCAGCCCACGUUGUACGAGAUCAAGCUGACUGAAAUUCAUCCUUCCAGCGAGCACCCUGACCAGGACAAAGCAUGAGUUUGAUUCUGUCCCUGCUGGACAUCGGACCAGUCUUAAACUUUCUGUGCACAGUUUGUAGCUGCAAACCUUUACCACGUCUUGUGGACCCUGAUCCAAUGUAGGGAAAAGUAGAAGUGAACAGUACCACGUGCUGCCUGUCUUUACAUCAGCUUUCAUGUUAUCAUUCUUCACGAUGUCACCAAACAAAGAUGAUCAUGUUGGGAUGAAUGGAUUAGAUUUGCCUCAUUCGACCAAGAUUACUUACCAAACUUUUAAAAAGAAAUCUGCCUUAAGUCUGCUCGUGAGUAGAUGCUAGCCAAAUGAUCCCACUAACAGCCCCUGACCCAGCUUCCAUUUCUCUUCCCUUGUGCAUUUAACUCACUUCUCAGCAGCAUUAAAUACCCUUUCUGCUGUAAGACUCUUCAUACUGACACCUGACAACUAUCUGAAGUUUAGUUUCAUGUAGCAUUCUGAUCUCAUAAAGGUGUACAAAAUCAUGAAAGGAAUAGAUCGGGUUAAUGCACAGUGUCUCUUGCCCAAUAGGGGAAUCGAGAACCAGAGGACAUA